GUGGAGGGAGAAGUGGGGACAGCGUAUGGUGAAAGGGGCGUACAUUGAAAGCAAGCUAUGUCUAUCGCACAGCGAGGGAGACGCGAGGAGGGAAUACGGUGUGUGGUUCCAACGGUUCUAUCGGCCUCUCCGUUACACGGUCACAGAAACAAAAAUACAGUGAAGAUACGUAGCGCUGUUGUGAUAGGAGGUCGAGUGUCGGGCUGACGCAGCCGCCGCAGUGGAAUCCAACACGGCCAGCACUGCAGGCCUCAGAAGAAUGGAUUGAUAGGAGCCAUUUGAACAAAGGCCUGUCAGAGAGGAGCUUAUCAGAACUUUGUUCAGAGAAGCACCUCAGGGGCCAGCGGUUGCCAUGACGUCCCUUCUGAGUUUUUCCAUGCUGUUGGCCGUCGUGUGGCCAAUAGCGGCCCAGGAUUCCUUAAGUCCCGCCCAAGCCCCGACCCUAGGCACAGAACCCCUCAAACCCACGCAACAGGCCGUGCUUUCCACACAUGCCAUUGGCCUGACACAUGCGCCAUUCAAACACUCCACUCGGAGACAGACUGAGUCACAGACAGUGAAGGGCACAGCUUCCCCAGAGUCUGUGGAUAAAGACUCUCCAUUUGUAGGAACUCAGUCGCUCCAGCAAAAUGGUGGACCUAUUGGAGGUGCAGACACAGAUGUGUCUGACACGAAGGCCACUCUGGCUUCCAGCUCGGCUGGCCCUUUGUCCACGGGAGCCAGAGGUGGACUCGCCUCAAGUCUCCAUCCUGCCACUGAGCCUUGGACACUGGGAUCGCCAUCACUCAGGGAGGAGGCGAUGGGACUACCUGAGUCCAGUCAGAGUCCAGUCCACAGUACCACUCAGGCGUCCGCGGAGUCGGAGCCGGUGGUCGCCGAGGGACCAACCCAAUCCCCCACGGAAGGAGCCUCGCCGCCGGCCGGAUCGGGUGAUCAGGACAUUCCAGUUUCCAAGAAGAUGCCGGAUGGUUCACCAGUCACUGUGACCCCAAGCCCGCUCCCACCCAGGAGGUUAGCAAGCACUAGCACCACACUGACCAAAAUGGCGGAGGCGCUGCCUCGACCCACCGCUAGCAUCGUACUGCGGCCCGUCCCCACGCCGGCCAGACCAGCUAAGACGUCUCCACCCCCCACAGACUCCCAGGGUGACCGGGAGAGUUCCACUGCUGCAGUGACGACAACAGCAGUUAGCACUGGGGGGUUUCAGCCAGGUGCUGAUACAGGGUUUAGGAAUAGCACUCAUGGAACCCAGUCAGCAGGAAGCACAAACGCCCCAGUGGGGGCAAGUCCUGCCCUGACCAGCACUGCCACUCCCCUGCUGCCCACCUCCGGCUCCACCGGCCAGCGGGCCGACAGCACAACACUGAAGGAUACCUCUACAGCAACCACCACCAGUCGUCUAGCCAAGGACACCAUGCCCAGAGGACCAAUAGUCAAUAGAACUCACAUCAUACGUCUCACUUUUCCUACCCACUCUGGUAAUGGGAAACAGACCAGGACAGGAGUGCUCUCUCCAUCCAGUCCCAUUCCGACCUCUCCUGGACCCGGAGCCGUGGGCAAAGACGGGACCGCCGCGGAGAAGAAGAGGAACGGCUCCAGCUCGAUGGCGCUCAUCCCUCCGCCCGUGUGGCGCCCGACCUCCUCCUCCUCCUCCUCCUCCUCCUCGUCCUCCUCCUCCUCCUCCUCCUCCUCGUCCUCCUCCUCCUCCUCCGGGGCCCCGUGCGUGGAGGGGACCCCGGGCUGCGUGGCCCCCAAGAGCCGCGAGGUGCUGGACGAGCCCCUGGGCCCCAACGGCACGUCGCUGGACUGGGCCGACCUGAGCCGCACGCUCUCCUUCGCCUGGGAGCUGCACGUCUUCGGCUCGGCCGCGCUCUUCCUCCUCCUGGCGGCGGGCGGCGCCCUGGGCCUGGCGCUGUCGCCCGCCGCCAGCUGCCCGUCGCGCGGCGCCCUGGCGCUCGCCAACGGCCUCCUGCUGCUGGUCGGGGCGCUGCGCGGCGCCCACUUCCUGCUGGACCCGUACGGCGCGCGGCGGCUGCUGCCCCGGGCUCUGGUCACGGCGCUGGUCACCCUGCCGCUGCCGCUGCUGCUGUGGGCGCAGGCGGCGCUGAUGGCGCUGGUGAUGCGCGGCGCCGGCCUGGAGACGGAUCUGGUGCCCGCGGCGCUGCUGCGCCCGCCUCUGCUGGCCGUGCUGGCCGUGCUGCAGUGCACCAUGCUGCUGGCGGCCGACCUGCUGUCGCCCGCGCUCUCGCCCGCCGUGCCCAUGGUGCUGCAGAGCCUCACCCUGCUGGCGGGCCUGGCGCUCUGCCUGGGCUUCCUGUGCCUGGCGCUGCCGAGGCUGGCGUGCGCCCAGCAGCAAGAGCAGCGAGAGCAGCAGCAGAGCGGGCCGGGCGGGCGGGGGGGCAAGGCGGGCGGCGGGCGCUGGCUGUGGCGGGCGCUGGGCCGCGUGCUGGCGGUGUGCUGCCUGCUGGGGGCGCUGUGCUGCCUGCUGCACACGCACGCGUGCCUCUGGGUCUACGGCAUGCUGGGCGACUGGCGGCGCUUCGGCUGGGGCUGGUGGCUCAACAUGUUCUGGGCGCGGAUGCUGGAGCUGGCCUGGGCCUUCUGCCUGCUGCUCAUGGCCUCCUGGCUGUUCUGGAGGCCCCGCGGCGGGGGGAGGGGCUCCAUCGUGGGAGGCGGGGGUCCCGGAGGGGCCGGGGCGAACGGCGGCGGCGCCUGCGGCGAGAUCUCCUCGCCCUGCCCGACGGCGGCCAUCUCGCACCCGCACACGUGCUGGGCGAAGAUCGUGCAGAGCCUGAAGGGAGGGAAGGGGAGGAAGUCGGAGAACGCGGCGGCGGCGGCGGCGGCAGCUGCGGGAGUUAACGGGGCGGGCGGGUCGAGCGGAGGAGGAGGAGGAGGAGGAGGCGCGGCGUCCGGCGGCGAGCUCCCGAACAACUGGGCCGGGCAGGAGCGGCCCGGCGCCGACAUCAGCAAGAGCCUGAUCCGCAACCGCGAGCCCAAGGACAGCAACCGCGCCCGGCAGCAAGGGUCCGGCGGAGGGUCGCUGCUGCGGCUGCAGGCGCUGACCCGCACGCCCGCGCGCUCGCACAGCUCCAGCCUGGACCGCGACAAGGAGUCGUCCGCGUCGCUGUGCGACUUCGACCUGCGCCCGCCGUCGCCCAUCGACCUGAGCCGCAGCAUCGACGAGGCGCUGCACCGCGAGCACCUGCUGCACGGCGGCAGCCUGUUCCGCCCGCUGUGCCCGCCGAUGCCCUCGCCCUCGCCCUCGCCCUCCCCGGAGCCGCCCUCGCCGGAGGGGCCCUGGCGCCGCCGCAGCAGCGACCCGCAGCUCACGCUGUCGGACAGCAGCGGCACGGCGCUCAGCGGCUCCUCGGAGGGGCUGGACCGCGUGGUGGACAGCGCCGUGCCCAGUCGGCAGGUGACGGCGCCGCCCACGCCCACGCACCAGGGCCCGCGCUGGGUGGUGGAGCAGCAGGUGCCCUCGUCGCUCUCCUGCCCCGUGUCGCUGCGCCCGUCCUGCAACAGCCUGGACCGCUUCACGCCGGCCGGCGACGACACGCGACCUUUCCUGACCCCCGACUUGGACCGGGCCGGCUCGGAACUGGACAGCUCGGCCGGCAAGCGCUUCUUAAAGGUCAGCCGCCAGGACGACUCGGCGAGCGUGAGCAGUGAUAUCAUUGACUUGUGA